GCAUCGUGUGCUUGUGUCUGUUUAUAUACAACUUCAUUUGGAAGUUGUUAGGAAGUAGAAACACUUUUUUACUAUGUAGAUAUUUGAUAAUAGCGACCAAGGCUGGGAAUAAGGGCAGUUAACAUAAAAUGUCGACGGUUCUUUUAGCUGUCGUCGCUGUUAUAUUGUGUAUACUUUUCCGAAUUCUGAACGUGAACAGUCAGCCUCAAAAACCUGUGAUUUUCGGAAGGGAUAGGAGUUUUAUCGAGAAUAUCCUAUUUAUUUCACCAUUCCUGAGUGAACCGUACACGCCAACGAGAUUAUGGGGUUUUAGUGGUCAUGUACAGACAAUCUUACAUAGCCUGAUAGGGCGCGUAAGAUGCCCAUGGCCUAUUGGAGGUCGUAUAUCACUAGUUCUACCUGAUAGAUCCACACUUACUUACGACCUUUAUGAGCCUGUUGGAUCCGAACACGAAGGUAUAGUUAAAGAUGACGUAACGGUUGCAAUAUGUCCGGGCAUCGGGAACACGUCGGAAAGCGUGUACAUCCGUACCUACGUGCAUUAUUCCCAAUGCCAUGGGUAUCGGUGCGCUGUGCUCAAUCACAUUGGCGCGCUGAACAGCGUUCCUGUCACUGGUUCUAGAAUAUUCUCUUACGGUCACACCGAUGACUACAACUACAUGAUUGAAAAUUUACUUGAUAGAUAUCCCAACACCAAGUUAAUUCUAGUUGGAUUUAGCCUCGGCGGAAAUUUGAUUACGAAAUACUUAGGUGAGGACAGGAAGAGGUCGCCCAAUAUAAUAGGAGGCAUUUCCAUAUGUCAGGGAUACACUGCUAUUGACACGAUGGUGUAUCUACUGCAAUGGCAAAAUUUCCGCCGCUUCUACCUCUACAUAAUGACUGAUAACUACCGUAACAUAAUUACUAGGCACAAGAGAAUGCUUCUAAACCCCGAGAUGAAGAAUCGAUAUUCGCUGGACGAAAAUAUGAUUGUCUCGGCUGGUACUUUGCCAGACUUGGAUGAAGCUUAUUCCAGGCGUGUGUAUGGAUUCGACUCAGUAGCAGAUCUGUAUAAAUGGAGUUCAUCUGCGUUCUACCUGCAUAAUAUUAAAACACCAAUGAUAUUUAUAAAUGCUCGCGACGACCCUAUCGUUCCGGAACCUUUACUUCCACUCAUAAGAGAAUUUGUCAGUUCACACGACAAAUCGAUGUACUUGGAAUUGGCGCAUGGUGGUCAUCUAGGUUUCUACGAAGGAGGUCUUGUAUACGCAAAUCCAGUGAACUGGCUGGAUCGAGCGCUGGUCGGGUUGGCUGGCGGACUCCUAAUGGCGCAUAAUAAAUGCUCGCAAAAGGAUGUUAUGGUAACCGUUACGGAUACCAUUUCAGACGACGAACCCGAUCUCAUCAAAUCCACGACCAUCGUGUAUAGAGAUCCACUAGACAAACCUAUUAAUGUAUUCACGCAUAACUAGCGAAUCCUUGUCGUAGGGGAGUAGAGUUAAAUUUUCCAGUAUCCAAUAGUAUAGACUGUUAUGUAUUAAAACAUUAAUUAAUGCGGGUUCAGCGCGUGUUCAAUUAAAAUUUGACAAAUUAGCCAGUUUUUAUUGAAUACAGUGCCUUAAAAUGUGCUAACAAACAUUAUUAAAUAUUGUGGCCUACCUUAAAAGGUGUUAGCAAGGUUCCUUUUGUUGCCUUAAAUUACAGAAAAGUCAGGAGCCUAAUUUUUUUACAGAAGUAGUAUUAAAUACACGUUGUAAAUAAUUAAACACUGCAUUUUACCACUACUUACUUAUUUCUUCGGCCGCAAUGUUGUACUAGGAGGACUAUACUGUACGGAGUUUGUGAUAUUUUUUCUUUGACCAAUUAUUUUAUAUUUCAACAUAAUUAAUAUGUGUUAGCAUUUAUUUAUGUUUUGUGUUUUUAUAUUAUGGAUGAUUUCAAGUACAAAAUUGUGAAUUGAAGUUGCUUAAGUCUUGCAGCUCUUACACGAUGAAAGCGCGGGUAUGGAAGCGGCAAAAUUAAACACUUUUUUUAGUAUUGAAUCGCGUCUACAUGUUACAAUGAACGAGCGGGUGCGGCAAGAUAGCGCCUUAUGAAUGUACUCCUUAAUUGUAAAUAGGGCCUUAUACAGAUUCCUAACAUUUCGACAAUUAAAGGGAAUAAAGCGAUAAUAUCCAAAUCUAAAUUUUACAGAACCAAAAAACAGUAAUAUUGUCUUCGUCUCUCGUAUUAACAA